AUGGAAACCGUACGAGCCGAAGAAAUAGGCAUCUGUUAUUUCACCAGCGAUCGAACAAUGUCAUAUCCAUGCCAUGCUGAUGGCUUUCCUCCGUCGCCAGUUGACUCGUCUCCAGGGGAAAUCGGGUCAAACCCUGAGUUCUUUGUCAGACCUCAAAUGGACCUGUGUGCUGCUGUGUCCGGCCAGCCGCGGACAAAUCUUAGCUAA